AUGCGCCCCGCCGCCCCCGCGCCCCACAGCGCGCCCCUCGCGCCCCGCCCCUACACCUCCGCUGAUGAGGCUGCCGUGUGCGCUAUUUGUCAUAAGACUUGUCGCGAUGGCUCCGACUGCAGCGACCUAUUCCCGAGUGAUUUGCAAACGCUACCAGCUGACAGAUUAGUAGCGCCUUUCCUGACCCUAAAUCCGGAGCUGUGCAUGGUAAUAGAAGAAGAUAUAGAGGACGCCCUACGCGACGACUGCUCUGACGAUAAUGCCACGAGUGAAAAACCAGAGCAGCCCACGAUAAAUGGUAACUAA